UCUCCCGGUAGCACCUUACUGCUGGGUAUGAAGAGGUUGUCUGUGCUGCUGGUGGACUGCAGGAAAACAACGGGGCUGAGUGGAACUGUGAGAGGAGGAGAAGAGAAGAAAGGAUCAGAUUUGACACAUCAAAGAGAAAGACCAGACUCAGAGGAACCAGAGCCAGGGACGUCCAAACUAGCAAGACGACACCAGUGCUCCCACUGUGAAAAGAGUUUUAAACAGAAAGCACAACUGAAAACACAUAAGAGAAUACACACAGGGGAGAAGCCUUACCACUGCUUCCAAUGUGGAAAGUGUUUCAACCAUUCAUGGGAGCUGAAACGGCAUGAGAGAACACACACAGGAGAGAAGCCUUACCGCUGCUCCCAAUGUGGAAAGUGUUUCGGCCGUUCGGAGGAGCUGAAACAACAUGAGAGAAUACACACAGGAGAGAAGCCUUACCACUGCUCCCAAU